AUGGCUUCCGUCAAGAUGGAUGCUGAGAUCGAAAAAGCCAUCGAAAUUGCGUGGAAUCCGUCUGAAAACCCAGACAUCAAGCAGCAAGCCUACGGUUUCCUCGAACAAGUACGAUCCGAUGCUCAAGCUUGGCAGGCCUGUGUUACAGUCUUCACCAGAACUCCCCGUGCCUCAGAAAUUGUGCGCCAUGUCUGCCUCGAGAUCAUCAACAGCGGUGUCCACACCCAGUUCCUCGACAGCCAGAGCUUAUCUUUUCUAAAGGACGCUCUGAUGGGCUACGCCCGGGACACUUAUGGUAACAACCAACACGGUCAGGUGGAGUCGCCGAGCAUGCAGAACAAGCUUGCCCAGACUCUAACGUAUCUGUUCGUUGCGCUUUACAAGCAGAGCUGGGAAACUUUUUUCGACGAGUUCCUGGCUUUGACUGUCCUGCCAAACAGUUCUAGCCGAGAUAAUGCGACCGGUGUUAUCCUUUACCUGCGCGUCCUGGGUUCCAUCCACGACGAGAUCGCCGAUGUAAUGGUUAUGCGCCAGGGCAACGAGGUAAAGAGUCAUACAGAGUUGAAGGAUCUGGUCCGAGAGAGAGACGUUCGCAAAGUCGCUCAAUCGUGGCAGGAUCUUUUGUCCCAGUACUCGAGUCGCAAUGAUACCAUUGUCGAGAUGACCCUAAAGGUGAUUGGCAAGUGGGUCAGUUGGGUUGACAUAGCACUCAUCAUCAACGAUGGCAUGCUUAGCCUCAUUUACCCCUUGAUCGGUCGCACCAAUGCGUCUGGUGGAGAGGACAGUGUCCGAGACGCUGCAGUUGACGCUUUCAAUGAAAUUGUGGGCAAGAAGAUGCGCCCAGCUGACAAGAUCGAGAUGAUUGCGUUCCUCAACCUUGGCGAGAUCAUAGCUCAACUCAUCGCAAGCCCUCCUCUAAACGAAUUCAAGGGCACACCGCAGUACGACACGGACUUGGGUGAGGCAGUUGCAAAACUCGUCAACACUGUCCUAGCCGACCUCGUCAGAGUCUUGGAAGACCGCACGACUGACGACGCCACAAGAGGUAAAGCCAACCAGCUUCUGCAAGAUUUUCUGCCACUACUUCUGCGGUUCUUUGCCGACGAGUACGACGAGAUAUGCUCUACAGUCAUACCAUCUCUAACAGACAUCCUGACAUACCUCCGGAAGAUACCAGAGCUGCCGGGGCCUUUCUCUGAGAUGUUGCCCCCAAUUCUCAAUGCCAUAAUUGCUAAGAUGCGGUACGAUGAGACCUCGUCGUGGGGACACGAGGAUGAGCAGACGGACGAGGCCGAAUUCCAUGAAUUGAGGAAGCGGCUACAAGUCUUGCAAAAGAGUGUCGCUGCUGUGGAUCAAAACCUAUAUAUUGAAGUAGUCAGCAAUCUUGUUGCCAAUACCUUUCAACAGCUUGACGAGCAAGGUUCACAAUUAGAUUGGAGGGAUUUGGAUCUUGCCCUGCAUGAGAUGCACUUAUUUGGAGAGAUUGCCAUGCCCAGUCAAGGUCUGGGCAGCAAAACAAACCCAACGACUGCCGCAUCGGAGCGACUCACGGCACUGAUGGCGAGGAUGAUCGGGUCUGGCAUCGCCAACUUCCAGCACCCAGCAAUCCUGCUGCAGUAUAUGGAGAUUUGUGUCCGCUACUGCGCCUUCUUCGAACAGGAAAGUCGCUCGCCGUUGAUUGGACAGGUCCUCGAGAACUUCGUACGCUUAGUCCACCACGAGCACGCGCGAAUUCGCACGCGCUCAUGGUACCUGUUUCACCGCUUUGUGAAGCAUCUACGAGCUCAGGUCGGCAAUGUUGCCGAGACGGUCAUUCAAUCUAUUGGCGACCUCCUACCCAUCAAGGCGGAAGUGCCUGGCGACGACGCGGAUGACGACAUGUCCUCGGAUGAAGUAGACAACUCGGCAGAUGCUCUUUUUACUAGCCAGCUGUAUCUUUUCGAAGCCAUCGGUUGCAUCUCGUCAACAGCUGCCACACCUGCUGACAAGCAAGCACUGUAUGCCCGGUCGGUCAUGGACCCGCUGUUCACGGACUUAGAACAGCACUUGCAGCGGGCGAAGGCCGGGGAUGUCCAGGCCAUCCUGCAAAUUCAUCAUAUCAUCAUGGCUUUGGGCACUCUGGCACACGGCUUCUCUGACUGGACGCCAGGCUCCACAUCAGUAGCAAAACGACCUCCGCCAGACAAAGUCUUGUCAGACGAGUUCGGACGUGCAGCUGAAGCCAUCUUGAUUGCACUCGGGCAGCUCAAUGGUUCUUCGGAAAUCCGUACCGCAUGCAGGUUCGCAUUCUCACGCCUCCUAGGAGUUCUGGGGGUUUCUGUCUUGCCUCAACUACCGCAAUGGAUCGAAGGUCUUUUGUCUCAAAGUUCAUCCAAGGAUGAGAUGGCCAUGUUUCUGCGCCUUCUCGAUCAGGUGGUGUACGGGUUCAAGACGGAGAUUUACGAUGUACUGAAUCUCCUCCUAACUCCUUUGCUGCAAAGAGUUUUUGGCGGCCUCUCGGAACCUAUCAGCGGUACGGAUGAUGAAAUACAGCUUGCCGAGCUUCGCCGCGAGUAUCUUAGCUUCCUCAUGAUCAUACUUAGCAACGAUCUGGGUGGCGUACUUGUUUCCGAGGCUAACCAAGGCUUCUUUGAAUCCCUAGUCACGUCAAUCAUAUCCCUGGCUAGAGAUGUCGACCCCAGUUCCGGUAACUUGCCUGCAAGCAGACUUGCUUUCGGCCUUCUUGGCAAGAUGGCAAGCGUCUGGGGCGGCCCCGAUGUUGCGAAUAUCUCUGCCAACCCAUCUGCACCUAGCGGUCCACCCUCGCCAGCCAUACCUGGUUUCGACCAGUUUCUCAUCGACAGAUUCCACACAGUCGGUUGGGAAGUGCUGCGCAACCCGCAGUUCAAGCCCUCCAAUGACGCUCAGACCAAGCAGGUCCUUAACGAGAUUGCGGGGUUGGAACAAGCCAUAUACUUAAAGACGGGCGAGACUUUCAUUCAGAACCUGCAGUCGUCGCUGUUCCCAGGCCUGGGGAUCGAUGGUAACGACUUCCUCCGACACUUGACGACCUCGACGGAUAGAAAAAGCUUGACAAAGUAUUUACAGGACCUCCAGAGGUCUUUCAGGCAAUAG